AUGGUCCUCAGCGCGAAAUCGCAAAGUAAACUAAGUCACAAUAUCACCAAAUUACUACAAACCUUUAGUCGUUUGAUCAGUUCACCACCACCAAAGUAUUCCCCUAGAAUGGUUUCAUCACCCUCCCCAUCGGCUUCCCAAGAUCGAUCAGCCUCUCGCAGUACCACGCCUUCAUCGCCGCCAGGCUAUCCUUUACAAUCUUAUGAAAUUCGUAGACAUGAUGCCAAUUCCGCUAUACUCCUUGAUCCUUCUCCAACAGCCAAUGAAGCUCGGUUUGCAGUGAGAAUCCAUAGCGAUUCAAUAUAUCUUUAUCGACCAGCAAAAGAGACGGCCUUGUUUGGGGAACCUGUCAUGGAAGCUUGUAUCAAAGGAUUGAUCCAUAAAAGGGAAGCUAAGUUGGACGACUGGCGCGAAAAGAAGGCGAGUCAAAAAGGAAAAUACCGGUUACGCCAUAGACACGGUAUGCACAUUUACACCAAUGGAGAGGACGAUUCUAAGGCUUGGAGAGAGGACACAUCAGGAUGCCUUCACUUGACCAAAAACAAUUCACCGACGCGCGACACGUUGGCUUGUCUCAACAUACCUCAAGUCAUCCCAUCAGGACUCGACAAGCUGCACAAUUUGAAUGGAAGCAUUGAUUUCUUAGACGAGAGUGUCACCCAUGGUGUCGAAGAAGAAUUGGCUAUACUGACCUGCAUCACAACUCAUGUCAUCAAUCGCAGGGCAUCCAAAAACUAA